UGGAAACUGGGUUUUUAGUGCUGUAAGCUUGCAGACUUGCCACUGAGGAGCUCAUGAAGUGAAAUGACAUUGAAUUAUAGUUUAUAUCUACAUUUAUAUUAAACAUUUUAACCAAUACUGUUAAUGAAACUGACAUUAAAGAAAGAAUAGAAUGUAACAUGAUUACAAAACAUGGGAAAUAGUCUGUAAUUUUUUGCUUUAUGCACUUAUAAGUGAUUCCCUUAAAGAGUUGAUAGACAGUUCCUGUUAUGCUGAAUUUAGCUUAAAAGAGUAAACUAACAGUAACAGCACAAAACACAUUUUCAGUUAAAUAUUUUCCUGAACUUUAAAACUCAAAUAAUUUUAUUUUUCAUUAAAUCUGAGGCUGUUAUAUGCUUCCAACAAACCAGCAAGGAUGUAAUACACUUCCAACAAACCAGCAAGGAUGUAAUACACUUCUAACAAACCAGCAAGAAUGUAAUAUGCUUCCAACAAACCAACAAGGAUGUUAUACACUUCCAACAAACCAACAAGGAUGUUAUACACUUCCAACAAACCAACAAGGAUGUUAUACACUUCCAACAAACCAGCAAGGAUGUAAUAUACUUCCAACAAACCAGCAAGGAUGUUAUACACUUCCAACAAACCAGCAAGGAUGUAAUAUCUCAGUAGGCCUUUAAGCUGCCUGUUUAUUGGAACAAGAUGAUGAAAAUGUCAAAGAAAGAGAAAAAAAUAUUCAGAAAACAAGUUCGCUCAUGCAAGAUUCUGGAGAAACAUGAAGGGAUUAAAAGUGUUGAUGAAGCCUCCCGUUUUCUUUUUAUUGGAAAUGGAGGUCUUGUAUGUGGAGUGCAAAGAGAAGACUUGAUGACCAUUUUUAAUGAAUUUGGCCCAAUAGAAGACAUAGUAAUGUUACCAGAAAAACCCUAUUCCUUUGUUGUGUUUCAAGAUGUUCAGAAUGCUGAAGCAGCUAUGCUGGCCAGUAUACGUGGUGUUUUUCUACAGGAGUUGAAUCAUUCCUUUCAUCUUUCAUAUGUCGAUAAAGUUCCACAUCAUGUUAACCCUUAUGAAAGUGGUUUGUUACCUCCUGGUUUAAUUCUUUUGGAGGAUUUUUUAACUGAGGAGGAAGAAAACCUACUUAUGGAACUUGAUGUUAAGGAAGAAAAAGAAGACGACAUUAAUAAUACAGUUGUGUGUCAUCGGUCAUUGAAACAUCGGCAAGUUAAACAUUAUGGGUUUGAGUUUAAUUACAGAACCAAUAAUGUUGAUAAAGACCAUCCUCUGAAAGAGCCCAUCCCUACAAUUUGCAUACAACAUCUUCGUCGAAUUCAAGAUAUUACUGGACUGUUUCCGAAACUUCCAGAUCAGCUGACAGUGAACAAGUAUCUUCCAGGACAAGGUAUCCCACCACAUAUUGAUACACACUCUGCUUUUGAAGAUGGAAUCAUAUCAUUAAGCUUGGGAUCACAGAUCGUAAUGGAUUUUCAAAAUCCUGCUGGAGAGCAUGUUCCUUUCCUUUUACCUCGUCGAAGUGCUUUAAUAAUGACAGGUGAAAGCAGAUACUCGUGGAGCCAUGGAAUCACUCCUAGGAAAACAGAUGUUGUUCCUGAUACAGAUCAUAGUGGACAGUUAACACUGAUGCAUCGAAGAACACGUGUUUCUCUCACAUUUCGUGUCAUCCGUAGAGGGGAAUGUAACUGUGGUUAUCCAAAACAAUGUGAUUCACAGCAGAAGUACAAAAGGUAAUAAAUGAAAGUACUGCUACUAAAUGAAUUAUUCAGAUAAA